GGAGGGCUUCGUACAGAAGGCACAGAUAAAGGUCACCUUCAGUUUUAGUCAGGCACAAGACGUGGAAGCGGUAUCUGACGUUUUAGUCGGAUGACCGCGAAUUCUUCAUUCACUUUAAGAUCAAGAGGAUCGUCCCCGCUCUGAUUUUCAUCGUAAACGGAUAUAUUUUCAUUAGAGACAUAAGCAAUACUACGGUCUAGACAUGGCAGAAGAUUUAGCAGCACAAAGAUUUAUAAAGCCUGGUAGUCACAAAGGUAAAGGCAUCGCAGUCUUUACCAGUGGAGGUGAUUCCCAAGGAAUGAACGCUGCGGUGAGAGCAGUCGUUAGAAUGGGGAUUUAUUUAGGAUGCAAAGUUUUCUUUAUCAAAGAAGGCUAUCAGGGCAUGGUGGAUGGCGGAAAUAAUAUUGUGGAGGCAUCUUGGUCCUCUGUAUCUUGCAUCAUUCAUAGGGGUGGUACAGUAAUAGGUUCUGCUAGAUGCAAAGAAUUCAGAGAACGCUCUGGUCGCAGAAAAGCAGCUAAAAAUUUAGUAACUCGCGGAAUAACUAAUCUAGUUGUAAUUGGUGGUGAUGGUUCCCUUACCGGUGCAAACCUUUUCAAAGAAGAAUGGGCUGAUUUACUAAAAGAGUUAGCACAGACUGGUGAAAUAACUGCGGAGCAAGCGGAUAAGUUUCAACACUUGCAUAUCGUCGGUAUGGUGGGUUCGAUCGACAAUGAUUUUUGCGGAACCGAUAUGACCAUUGGUACCGAUUCUGCGUUGCAUCGUAUUAUUGAGAGCAUCGAUGCGAUCGUCAGUACUGCAUAUUCUCAUCAAAGAACAUUCAUUAUGGAAGUUAUGGGUCGCCAUUGCGGUUACCUGGCUCUAGUGGCAGCCAUAUGUUGCGAAGCUGAUUUUGUGUUCAUCCCAGAGUGGCCACCUGAGCAGGAUUGGCCAAGCAAGCUGUGCAGAAAAUUGCUGCAGGAACGGCUCACUGGACAACGACUUAAUAUUAUUAUCGUAGCUGAGGGAGCCGUGGACAGGAAUGGCGAGCCAAUUACUGCCGAGAAAGUUCACGAUGUCGUCGUUGCAAAGCUACAACAAGAUACUAGGAUCACCGUGCUUGGUCAUGUUCAAAGAGGUGGUAAUCCAUCGGCUUUUGACAGAGUUUUGGGUUGUCGAAUGGGUGCAGAAUCCGUGAUGACUUUGAUGGAAGCAACACCGGAGACUGAAGCUUGUGUCGUUACAUUAGACGGAAAUCAAGCGGUUAGGUUACCGCUUAUGGAGUGCGUUCGUCGUACAAAAGCAGUAGCACAAGCUAUGGCCGAUAAAAACUGGGACCUUGCCGUUCAACUUCGUGGAAAAGGAUUCGCUCGUAAUUUAGAGACGUACAAGAUGUUGACUCGUCUAAAGGCGCCCGUGGAUCAUGACCCGCAUAAAGAAAGUAAUGGCCCCGCAUUGACAAAGCAAUUCACUUUAUGUGGACAAGAACACUACACGUUAGGUGUAAUGCAUAUAGGAUCGCCUUCUUGCGGUAUGAAUGCAGCGGUGCGUUCCUUUGUUAGAAACUGUAUUUAUCGGGGCGACAAGGUUUACGGUAUUUGCGAUGGAAUAUUGGGUCUCACGUCCGGAAAGUUCAAACUGAUGGAUUGGCCUUCUGUUACCGGAUGGGUAGCUCAAGGUGGUGCUUAUUUAGGAACAAAACGUACUCCGCCGAAGGAAGAUCAGUUACCGCAAAUUGCUCAGAAGCUCAAGGAAUUUGGAAUUCAAGCUUUACUUAUUAUAGGAGGAUUUGAGGGCUACCAAACAGGGCUUACUUUCUACAAAGCUAGGGAUAAGUACGAAGAAUUUCGAAUUCCUAUUGCUAUGAUUCCUGCGACUAUCAGUAACAAUGUUCCUGGGACAGAAUUUUCGUUAGGUUGUGAUACUGCUUUAAAUGAAAUUACGGAGAUCUGUGAUCGAAUCCGUCAAUCGGCGCAGGGUACAAAACGCCGAGUAUUUAUUAUCGAAACUAUGGGUGGCUAUUGCGGUUAUUUAGCUACAGUUGCUGGAUUAGCCGGUGGAUCCGACGCAGCAUAUAUUUUCGAGGAAAAGUUUAAUAUCAAAGAUUUAAAUCAAGAUGUCAUCGCGAUGGCCGCCAAGAUGUCCGAGGGCGUACAAAGAGGUCUUAUUCUAAGAAAUGAGAACGCCAAUUUGAAUUACAAUACAGAUUUCAUGCAGAGACUAUUUAGCGAGGAAGGAAAGGGUCUGUUCAGUUGUAGAAUGAACAUUAUUGGUCAUAUGCAACAAGGUGGUUCACCGACGCCGUUUGACCGAAAUUUGGGUACAAAGAUGGGUUCUAAGGCGGUCGAAUGGUUCAGCGAACAAUUAAAGAAAAAUACCAACGCAGAAGGCCAAACGAGAACUAUGGAUGCCAACACUGCGGUUAUGAUCGGUAUAGUGCGAAGGCAGUACAGAUUUACACCAUUCUCAGAUCUGAUCGAAGAUACUGAUUUCGAGCAUCGCAUUCCAACAUACCAGUGGUGGAUGAAACUCCGGCCGUUACUAAAAGUUUUAGCAAAGCACGAGUCUACGUACGAGGAAGAGGGUCUUUACAUAACCGUCGAAGAGAUGGAUCUCGAUAACGAUCCCCUCGUUUAAACAACAAAUUGCACGUCACGGUAUGCGGUGUAAGGUAAUAUUCCGUAAAUUGUACACGGUUAAAAUGGUGAAAAGUAGAAUUCAUUGAAGAGUAUUACAGUAUUGUAUGGCAUUACGAUAAUCCUGUUCCGUUAUUAUUUAUGAGUUGAGAGAUCAAAUUUUAGAGAAAAAAGUUCGUAGAAUACGAGCGUUCUGCGGGAUUUAAUGUAAGUUAAGUAUUUUAUCAACGAUUGCAAAAUUGCAAUGUGUACGCGCACCCUUCGUCUGUAUGUUUCGUUGUUUGAUAACAAGACGCGCGCCAAGCAUCUUGAAUGUGAAACAAAAUCUAAAUAAAUAGAAAAUUAUUGCACA